AUGUUUCUUCUUUUCUUUUUACUGCCGUCGCUGGUCAGAGGUCAGGUGACUGCAGAUGCCUCUUGGAGAAACGUCAGUGACUCCUUCAACGCCAGCUCUCCGGAAACUCUUGGGUCCACCCCGGACCCGACCGGGCCUUCGUUCAGCACCUCGGAAGCCCCCCUGGAGGAUGACUGGUCACCAGCGGAGACCUUCCUGUACACGGGGGACUCCUCUGUCGUGGGGGCGGCGCGCUGUUCUCGGGCCUACAGCCCCCCCGGGCGGCCGGGCCCGCUUCCGGGCAGCAUGCGGACUUCCCUCCGGCCGGCCCUGGACGCGUUGGCUAACACGGCCAACUUCCUCAACAUGAUCUUCCAGGCCAGCGACUUGCGUGAGAGCUCGGUUCCCGAAGACAUGGAGUGGUACCACGCCCUGGUCCGAGCCCUGCUGGAGGCCGCCGGGCCGAUCCGUCUGGCGCUGCUCACCUUUGACUGCGACCCGACUGGCACUGCCCCCCAGCUGGUGCUCCGGGCCAGCCGCGGCCCCCAAACUGGGGCACCCAGCAUCUUUCUCCAGGACUUAUCCAAGACAUGGGACGGCCUGCACCCGCCCGCCCCGGCCCCGGACGACGGCUGGUUCCGUCGAUUCAAGUUUCCGGACACGGCCCGGCCGCCCGCCCUCGCUAAGCGAGUCCUGCUGAACGACCUGAGCACCUUGGAAACGCCCAAGUGGAGUCGGGGCGACAGCUACGUGAGCAAUGGCAGCGGUGUCCGCUGGGCCGGCGCCCCCUACCUGGACUGCAAAGAUGGCCGCUUCGUACCCAGGUGGAUGCUCACCUUGUCCACCGCCUUCUACGGCCUCAAGCCCGACCUCACCCCCGAGUUCAGGGGUGUGAUCCGCGUGGACGUGGACAUCCAGAACAUGGACGUGGACCAGUGCAGUACCCAGGACGGAUGGUUUGCAGACACGCACCAGUGCAACCGCACCAGCAUGGAAUGUGUGCCGAUUAGCGGGCGAGGUUUCCGGCUGGGUCAGUACUGCUGCCGCUGCAAAGACGGAUACUACGACCCGGACGCGGCCAAUCAAGACGCAGAUGACUUCGGCGCGUGCUACCCGUCCUUGCCGACGUGCGUGCCGUGCUGGCCGGGGUGCGGGCGGUGCCGGGACGGCGCCCCCUGUCGGGUCCAGGAGGACGGACCCUUGAGGGCCGUCGUCAUGGCCGCCCAGGGGACCUUCAUGGUGCUGGUCUUUGUUAGCAUGCUGGCCGCCUACCGACAUCGCAGGAGCAAGCGGAUUCGUGCGUCGGGCCUCCUGCUGCUGGAGGCCAUCUUGUUUGGCUCGCUGCUCCUCUACUUCCCAGUGUUCAUCCUCUACUUCAAACCCAGCACCUUCAGGUGCAUCCUUCUCCGCUGGGUCCGCAUGUUGGGCUUCUCCAUCGUCUACGGCACGCUCACUCUCAAAAUGUACAGGGUUCUGAAGGUGUUCCUGUCCCGCACGGCCCAGCGAGUUCCUUACAUGUCCAGCCUGCACCUUCUGAGGAUCCUGGGCGUCAUGCUGAUGACGGCCAGCUGGUUCCUGUGCGCCUGGACGGUGAGCGUCCUCCAGAACCGAGACAGGAACAUUCCCGUCAUCGUCAGCACCACCACGGCACAGGGUCAGGGCUUUGACCUUUGCUACCUGGACCGCUGGGACUACAUGAUGGCCGUCGCCGAGCUUCUGUUCCUGUGCUGGGGCAGUUCCCUGUGGACCACCGUCCGGCCGGUACCCUCGGCUUUCCACGAGCCUCGCUACAUGGGCAUCGCCAUCCACAACGAGCUGCUUCUGUCCACCGUCUUCCACCUGUGCCGCUUUUCGUUUCCUUCUCUGCAUCCUGACUGGAUGCUGCUGCUCUCCUUUGCGCACACCCACGUGACCAUCACGGUGACACUCGCGCUGAUCUUUAUCCCCAAGUUCCUGUACAUGAGCAAAGGUGGCAGGGAGGAGAUCGCCGCCGAGGUAUACGAGGACGAGGUGGACCUGCGGCGCUCUUACCUCAACAGCAGCUUUCGCUCGGCCUGGAGCGAACGCAGCGUGGAUCCCGAUGACUUUCGGGACGAACUCAAGAGAUUAUACAUCAAAUUGGAAGUCAACAAAUCCAAGAAGAUGACAGCAAACAACCCCCACCUGCCAAAGAAGCGAAGUUCUCGAUGCGCUUUGGGCCGAUCGCUUAUCAAGCGCAUCGCUGAGAUCCCCCUGAGCCGGCAGUGCAGUCGCGAGGACCGAGACGGAUCCUUCCGGAGCAGGAAUCACUCCGGCUCUUUCAGGAGGACGCCGGAGAACCUCAGCAUCAGAAGUUCCAUGAAAUCCCGAUCCCCGUCUCUACGCAAGUGUGAUCAUUACUACACCCACGAAAGAGAUUCAUCCUCGCGGGAUUCCUCCAGACUUCGGGCUGACGUGGCCAAAAGAUCGUCCCAAAGAUCAGAGACGGACUCUUUAGACAUGCACCCGGCGGUCUGCAAAUCAGUCAGCGCGCAAAAUUUAACCAUCGAUACCAAUUUCUUGCACCUUCCUGAUCACAGCAGGCUUCACAAGUCGUGGAGUCUCACAUCCACUCAUUCCAUGGAGAACAUGUCCAAGGGGACGGGAUCCAAUCUCUCUAUUAGCGAGCAGACCAGGAGCGCUCUGCAGUCAGAGACUUACGACAAAACCGAGGUGUGCCCUUGGGAGGUGGAGCCGGAACAUUCGGGCGAUAAGAGCCAAAAGCGUGUCACCUACGCAAAUUCUCAGGAGGAUGAAUGUCCGUCCUCACCGGUUGCUCUGGUAUGUCCCUGGGACCAUUUUCCACUCACGCAGAACAACCUAUCGCAAGACAAAGGUGACGCCGAGUCCCCCAAAGUCCCGGUCUCCGCCAGUGCGCCGGGUUCUCCGAGAACCAAAGCGGACAAAUAUCAGCGAGUUUUUUCCUUCCGACAUACAACCACCAAGUGGCUCUCUGUCAAAUCCUUCCUGACGUCGGUGGAAGCGGCUAACAAAACAAACAAAGAUGAAGUCCUAGAUAGAGAAGGUUCCCAAAAAAGUGUCUCGUCGUCAUCCAGGUCGUCCGUUCGGCGUCCGAGCGUGGAGAAGAGGGCGCUUCGCAAGAGAAGCAUGACCACGACAGAUGGAAAACCGUGCCUGGUGAAGCAGAACGCCGUGCGACUGUCCUCCGGGGAUUCGUCCGACAGGAGCCCCAGAAGGUUGGUGAUUGUCAGAUCCGCCGUCCAUCCCGUCGAUACGGACGACGGCACCUACGAAAACGUAUACCUGUCCAGGCAGAGUAGCAAACGAAGCAGCAUAAGCACCUGCAGUUCCAGGACACCGUCCACUCACAGAAGAGGAAGCAAACGAAUGGUGGCGGCGGCGUUGAAAAACGUACCUCAAGCCGACGUUUGUCCGUGGGAAGGACUGGCGGAGGCGGUAAAGAAGCAGCAAAGCUUGAAAGCAGACGUUUGCCCGUGGGAAACAGAAACGCCUCAACAGCAAGACACAGUGACAAGGAAGGACAGUGGUCGGGGGGACGCGUGUCCUUGGGAGUCUCAAGAUCUUACGGAAAAUCCGUACGCCAUUCCGGUAAAGACCCAACUGUGUCUGAAGCCAUCCGUGGAUGUAUGUCCCUGGGAGGCAGCAGAAGCUCCUGUACCCAUCAUCAAACAAGAUAGCGAGUAUGCUAACGUUUGCCCUUGGGAAGAAGAAGUCGUGUAUGAGAACCUAAACCCUGUCCAGACCAAGGGGUCCCUCAAGGUGCCCACACGACGGGAAGCAGCAAAAGCCGCAGUCUUCCCUGGUGCGUCAAAAGAACAAGUUCCUGCCAUGCAUCAGGACAGGAAAAUGAACCGGACCCAAGAAAGUUGUCCGUGGGACUUUCCGGAGCCACCAAAAAUGACGGAUGGGAAAGCAGAGGCAACAGCUUCGCAAAUUACCAUCAAGGCAGAUAUUUGUCCUCGGGAUCCUGGACAACAGAUCGGGCGCCUGGAUUCCCAAGUAGAGAAGACACACAGCGUUCAAGGAAAUAUUGUCCCCUGGGAGACGUCAGAAUUGGAAAAACCGGAGCUCUCGGAAAUGUCCAGAAACAUCAGACAAGAUACUGCCCGUGAAAACGUCUGCCCGUGGGAGGACACCACGACGGUCGAAAUUGGGACCGAACGACCAAAGUCUACACCAAGGCAAGACAGCACAAGGGAAGAUGUUUGUCCUUGGGAGACAAAUGAGCCAAAUGUUCUGAAAAAGCAGGACAGUUCUAAAGAAAGUGCUUGUCCAUGGGAGACAGAAGAACCAAAAACCCUGAAAAAGCAGGACAGUUCCAGAGGAAGUGUUUGUCCAUGGGAGGCAGAAGAACCAAAAGCCCUGAAAAAGCAGGACAGUUCCAGAGAAAACAUUUGUCCAUGGGAGACAGAAGAACCAAAGGUUGUGAAGAAACAAGGUUCUGGAGAAAGUGUGGACCAGCCUAAGGUUCUGGAAAAGCAGGAGUCCUCUAGACAAAGUGUUUGUCCAUGGGAAACUGAAGACACAAUGUCUGCCAAGGGACAAGAUACCACAAGAGAUGUUUGCCCGUGGGAAAAGGAAAACCCUCAAGACGCUUCUGAAACUCAUGUGGGAGGAGACAAAGUUCUCAAGAAAGAGGACAGCUCUCGGGUUAGCGUCUGCCCUUGGGAGACUGAGGACGCCACAGAGCAAGAAACCUUGCUUUCAGAAACAGGAGGAACGAGCGGUGACCAAAGUGGCCCGCUUGGUACUCCUGCUGAAAUCCUGGAGCCGCAAACAUCAACCUCGCCCAGCGGCGAGAUAGAAGACAUAACAGAAGAACAGGACACAACGGACGAACUCAAAGCCAGCCUGGCACUAGGCCGUCGUGACGCCUUGUGUCCCUGGGAGAUGGCAAGAAGUCGCUCGGGAUCCUUCGCUGACAACAACUCUGACAUUUUCACGUGGGAGCCCGAGAACAUCCCUGAGGAAGACGAGGAAGACGAUGCCGAAUGCGCGGCGGAAGCGUUCAUAUUCCCGCCCGACUUGUGACCUCAAGGCCUGACGAGAACACGUGAAGGCUUUUCAAGGAACCGGGUUUUGAGGAGACCUUUUAGAGAUGCAU